UAUCACUUUUUGUUUUCGUUUUUGUUUUUGUUUUUUUUUUGCCCUUUUUGGAUAGAUAUUAGAGAAAGAGAGAGUGAAACAGAAAUGGCGACGGCGAAUUCUCCAAACACCAGCAACAACUCUGAUUCCGAUGUCGAAGACCCUAACCCUAAUCCUUCAAGUAAUAAUAACAAUGCAUCAAUUAUUCCUUCUGCUGAGUCCAGUACCCCUUCCGUCUGCCUCAUCCGCUUCGCUGGUGACUCCGCUGCAGGCGCCUUUAUGGGCUCCAUCUUCGGCUACGGUUCGGGAUUGAUUAAGAAGAAAGGCUUCAAAGGAUCCUUUGGGGAAGCAGGAUCUUGUGCCAAGACUUUUGCAGUUCUAUCUGGAGUACACAGUUUGGUUGUCUGCUUUCUGAAGAGGCUGCGAGGGAAGGAUGAUGUCAUCAAUGCUGGAGUAGCUGGAUGUUGUACUGGUCUUGCUCUGAGUUUUCCAGGUGCACCUCAGGCACUUCUGCAGAGUUGCCUUACUUUUGGAGCAUUCUCAUUCAUCAUCGAAGGGCUGAACAAGAAGCAAGCAGCACUGGCUCACUCUAUUUCUUCAAGGAAUAAAUGUGACUAUCACAGCAAACCUUGUCCGCUAGCACUCCCUCUUUCAGUCCCUCUUCCAGAUGAACUAAAAGGGGCCUUCUCCUUUUUCUGCAAGUCCUUAAGGAAACCCAAGAGUGCCAAUUUUCCCGCCGCCGCCCCCUGAUUAAACCAGGAGCAAAUUCAUAAUGUUUAGAUUGCUGGUAUGGUGACAUUGUAUCAUGUAAAUCUGUAGUCUUAGAUUCUGAAGCUUGCUGCAGGCUUAGACAAUGAAAUGAUUUCUUGUUUGGCAAUGCAUAUUUAUUUUUGGCUGACA